AUGUUCGCCUCAUCGAGUUCCAAAAAACCCACUGGUUUGUUUGCUGGAAUAUCCAACGAUUCUUGUGUAAACUUGUUCCAAGUUCCACUUACUACAAACAGUAAUAUUCCAGCCCCAGGACUUUUCGGCAACUUAAAAACCACGGAAUUCAGGGCCAACAUUAAAGAAUCAGGGCCUAGUUCCUCAUCAGCCCACACCAUAGGGAAAAAUAGUAAUGUCUCAAGAACAGUUUUCCAUUCUCCUCGAAGUGGUGAUGGUUUUGAAAAAGAUCGAAAUGGUCGUUGUGUAACUGACACCAGUAUGAAUAGCAAUGCGCACAAUAGCUACUUCGACCUUUCUGGAUCUUCUAACAAUGAAAAAAGGUGCUUAGAUUCAAAUAAUAUCCAGAAUGCCGCUAACUUGUAUUGGCCUGCAGUUAAAUUAUCCCGUUUGCCGAUCGAAUACAACACAAAGAGUUUUCUACUGAAGCACUUCCAAAGUUUUGGUCCUGUUGAACGAAUUAUAUGUCAACCUUCUAUGGAUGCUGCUUAUAUAGCUUUUAAUUCUUUGUCUUCUGCAAAUCAAGCUAAACGAUCAGGACGUGCACGUAUUGCAUCUGCUAACAUUGAUUUGCCUAGCUCAGUCCUUUUUACCAUGGCACGAUGUCGUCGUCAAACUAAUUCUGGAUCAAAAUCAAUAUCACCUAAAUUAGGUCCUAUCAGGGGUAGAAACACCGUGUCCUCCAUAUCCCCAUCAUGUACAUCUCUGAAAAGAAUGAUUACAUCACACUCUAAUACAAAGCAGGUCAUGAAUAAAAAGCAAUUUUCCAGAGUAUCUGUUUCAAGUGAUAAUCAGUCAUCUCGUACAUCAGUUAUUAUUGAUAAUCAAUUAUCAUUUACGUCGUCCCAGAUGGUAUGCAAUACACAACCAACAAUAUCCUCUAUUACACGGCCAAAUGCAUCCGCCUAUAAUAAUAAUAGUCUAUUCAAUCAGAAAUCUCCAAGUGCUACUACACUAGAUGAACGACUGUCUGUAUUACAAGAAUAUUAUAAACGUGAUUGUGAACUGAGGUCUAUAUCCAAAUCUGCUGAUCCAAAAAUUCAAUGUUCGGAUAUAUGCAACAGCAACACUGGUGAACCGAUUCGUCAUGCACCCAUUAAAGGCACAUGUGAAGAUAUGUGUCCUGAAUUGGAACGUUAUUGUCGAGCAGCUCAUCAACGUGUAUCUAUAUUUGAGUGUUUACCUACUACAAUGAGUGUUAAUUCAUCUUCUUGGGAGAUGGAUCAUACUCGGGCUGUGAAAGAUUAUCAACGUUCUUCAGCCGAUCAACCUGUACCAUUACCCCGAGAACUACGACCGACAUGUGUUUUGCAACGUACAAUGGCUUAUUUACUAGCUAGCAUAGCUGAUCGCCCAGAAAUUGAUACCAGUCGUAGCCUAUGGAAACCUUGGUAUGAAUUUAUGUGGACACGUACACGAGCUAUUCGCAAAGAUAUACGGCAGCAAAACUUAUGUUGUCCCAUUGUUAUUGGUGUUAUUGAACGGAUAGCAAGAUUUCAUAUUUUCUGUGCUGCACGAUUAGUUGAUCAACCAGUGGAUACUUUUGAUCCUCGCAUUAAUUCAGAAAAUUUAACUCAGUGUCUGCAAACAUUAAAGGAGAUGUACAGUGAUUUAGAUUCACCAAUUACUUCUGAAAAUAUGUGUCCUAAUGAAGCAGAAUUCCGAGGUUAUAUGCUGUUAAUGAAACUGAACGACCAAAACGAGAUCAAUGAAGCUCAACGUUUACCUGAACGACUACGUCAAUCUAAACCUGUACGAUUUGCAUUUGCUACACAUGAAGCUCUCAUAACAAACAAUUAUAUCAGAUUUUUCCGUUUAGCUCGUCAAGCUACAUGUUUAGUUGCUUGUCUUAUGCAUAGAUAUUUUGUACAAAUACGUAGUCAAGCUUUAAUGAAACUGUCUUGUGCAUUUGCUGGACAUCCAAAACGAGAAGUUCAUUAUCCUAUUUCUACUCUGACACAACAACUCGGUUUUGAAAAUGAAACAGAAUCUAAACAUUUCUGUGAAACAUGGGGUUUAUCAGUGUUUGGUUCAAAUGUGAUAUUUGAAAAACAAAUUCAACCUCAACCACCUACGUUACCAUGGAAAGAACAGAGAUCAUUUCACCUAGUUGAGAAUAAGCGUAUUGGUAUCCCAUUGUCUGUUUUAUUCAAUGGUUCUCCUGUUAAUCCUUCAGAUGCAAUACCAUCUCCUGUUCAGUCUUCGUUUGAUACAAACGGUAAAUAUAUUUGCUCACAAAGGAAACCUACUCAAAAUGAUAAUGCUACACUUGAUUAUAAUAAUCGUAUUGCUGACAAUAAUGUUUGUAAUAAUAAUUGGAUCACUUCAUAUAUGUAUCAACAGCCUAUAACAAAUUCUUCAUCAUCAUCAACAACCAAUUCAUGGUUAACUGAAAGCAAUACAUCUAGCAAAAAACAAAUAUUUGAUGAAUUGUUAGAAUUUGUAUAUAAUGAAUGUGUUGAUGAAGUUCUAUGCUAUUCAAAAUGUGCUCAAACUAUUCUACUUGAAGAGAUAAUAAUUAGUGAACUAAUCGAGAAGUUAAUUAAAGAUUUUAUUGAAGAUCAUCUAGUUGAUCUUUUUAAUAAUAAAUUAGAUCCUGUUCGUCAAAUAUGUAAACAAAUCAUGGAAAAUGUAACGAAUGAAACAAUCAACUUAGAUUUACGUAGUUUAGUUCAUCGUGAAUUGGAUUUAGAAUAUCAUUAUAAUGAAUAUUUCAAUCAAUUAAUCAAUGAACAAUUACAUCAAUUGGCAAUGUCUUCUUUAACUUUAUCCAUUGCUACUUCAUUAUAUAAUUAUUCAUUAUUAAAAUGUUGUUUUAAUCGUUUUCAUUAUUUAAUAUGGAAACGCAAUGAAUUAAUGGAACAAGAAAUUUUAUUAAAUACAAUGCCAACAUCAGUUAGUAGUGAUUGUUUGCCAUUAUGCUUAAUGAUUAGUAAUAAUAAUAAUAAUCAAAUGAAUACUAAUGAAAAUGUAUCUACUUUGAAAUUGUUGAAACAUUCAAGUUAUUCACGAAUUUCAUUGGAAAUGCUAAAAUUAGAUAAUGAACUUACUUGGUCUCCUUUGAAACUAUCCUCAAUAUUCUAUAAAUAUCCAUUAGGAUUAUAUAAAUCUAUGUUGAUACCUACUAAUUAUUGUUCAAGUAUUAUACAACAACAUUUUACAAAUAUUUUUUAUUGGAUUACUGAAAAAUUAAAACAUUCAUCUAUAGUUCUAUUAAAUGAAUGGUCAAAUUCAUCAAUAAUAUUCAAUAAAUUAUCAGGUAUUAUCAUUAUUGGUUACUUUGAUCAUUCAAUCACUAAAGAACAAUUAAUGUCCAUGUAUUUAACUGAUAUAAUGAAUAACUAUGAUAAAGAUAUAAUUAAUCGUUUAUUGAUUUUAGUUGUAAAUUAUUCAUUACAAGAAAUUCCUUGUUUAUCAUCAUCAUCAUCAUCAUCAUUUGAAAAUGUACAGAAUAAUUAUGACGAUGAUAUCUAUUUUGUACGUUUAUGUAAUCCUAUUACAUUUGGACAAAAAAAAUUUCAACCUAGUCCAUUUUGUGAUCAUUACACAUUUCAAAAUGGACAUAAUGCUAAUGCAAAAUAUUCCUUGUUAUCAUCAUCAUCUCUAUUGAAUAGUGAAAUUACCAUCUUGUGUACAAAGUUGUAUAGUUUAAUAAAUGAAUACAUUGAUAUAGCAUUAUUACGUCCAUUGGGUAAUUUGUCUAAAAGUUGGAAGUUGCACGGGCUUGUUGAUCCAUCAUUAAAAUCUUUAAUUAAUGAAUAUCAUUCUACAAUCUCCUAUUUAUUGAAUCAAUUGAAUCCUAUUCAUCAAACUCUUACGAAUCUAUUACAGAAUAUACUUAUUCUACCAGAAAAUAUUCUUCAUUUAUUAUUCAUUGAUUUAUAUGAAGAUAAUAAAAUCAAUAAAGAAACUAAUGACGUUACCAUAACAACUAAAUGGAGUAUUUAUCUUGAAAAUUGGUUAAUUAUAUCCAAACAAUUAAAAUUAAAUUCAUCAAUUAAAAAUUGGAUAUUGACAUUAUUUCAUAACAUUGAAAAAGAUUAUUUUAUGCAAUUAAAAAAUCAAUUAUUCAAUUCUAUUAUUUAUUCAUCAUCAUCAUCAAUGAAGAAUAAUGAAUUAUAUUUACCGCCAAUUUAUUUAGCGCCUAAUUUAAAUGUAUUUUUUGUUUUAAUUUAUCAUUGUUUAAAUAAUUUAUCAAAAUUAUUAUUAACUAUGAAUAAUGAAUUAUGUAAUCAUAAUCAUAAUGAUAGUGAAGAAUUUAAUAAAUUAAUUGAAAUGUCAUGUAUCAUAACAAAGUUAAUUGAUCAAAUGAAAUCAAACAAUAUUGUAAAUCAGUUAAUUGAACACUUCAAAAAAUUAGAUGAACCAUGUAUGACACGUUCAAAUGCAAUUAAUUUGUCAUUAGAUAAUUUACGUAGAAAUCAAAUAGAAACUUGUUUACAAUCUGUACGUAAACAAAAUUCAUUUACAUCCAUUAAACACAAAGAAUCAUUAUCAAUGAAAAUGUAUCAAUUAUCUUCAAAAAUUCGUAAAAUUGAAAAUUCUAUGAAUGAUGCCAUUCAAGAAACUAUGAAAUAUCAAUUAAAAAACAACUCCCCUAACUGA